UCAACAACAGACGUGGCCGUUCGUAAAAACUUGCUGGAACAAGAAUUGAUCAAAAUUUUCGUAUCUAUUAGCAACAUCUGAACUCGGCACGAAAUGGGUCUGUGCAAGUGUCCGAAGCGGCAAGUGACGACCCAGUUUUGUUUCGAGCAUCGCGUAAAUGUGUGUGAAAAUUGCAUGGUGGUAAAUCACACCAAGUGUACAGUGCAAUCGUACAUACAGUGGCUGAAGGAUAGCGAUUACGAUUCCAAUUGUACACUCUGCGGAAGCCCCCGUGACAGCGAUGAUUGUGUGCGGCUUAUAUGCUACCAUGUAUUUCAUUGGAAAUGCCUAAACGCUCGUCAGCAGUUGCUUCCCCCGAAUACGGCCCCCGGCGGCCACACCUGCCCAAUUUGCAGCGAUCCCAUAUUUCCACCCGGCAACCUAGUCUCACCGGUGGCGGAUGUUCUGCGCGUCCGGCUAGGGCAAGCAAACUGGGGUCGAAAUGAGCUUGGCCUACCAUUGUUGCUCGACGAGAAGAGGGACCACAGUAAAAGCUUUCCCGUAUCUUCGACGACCCCGAUUGCGACGUCGUCGGGAUUAGGCAACGAUUCGGUGGCAGCAACGAACGGAGCAGCCGUGUACGGUGGCGUGCACAGUGGCUUGGCUCAAAUGCGUGCGGCCGGUAGCUCCGUGCCUUUGCUGUCCGGUAAGGAACGUCCCGAUUCACCACAUUCGAUAGUCAACCUGGAUCAGUAUGUUAACGUUGCCAACAGCCGACGAACGAAUUUGCUCUCGCGAGAACCACCGAUCGGUGGCUCCGACCGAGAUGACAACAAGUAUAAGCGCCGAACGCCGCAGGAAAUUUUCUCACGCUGGUCCCGCCGGCUGUACGCUCCGUCCGCCAGGCCCAUCUGGCGCAAGAACUGGUUCCUAGUCGUGACCGGGCUAAUAGCGAUCGUGUGCAUCGUCUACAUUAUGGCCGAAAUCACAACAGCCGAUCGGUCCGGUAGCGACCAGCACGGCUUCAUUCCAAACCGCAACCUGCCGCACGCCGAGGAGUGAUGAUAGUGAACAAGAGUGGAUGACCAAUUUUUGUUUUGUCCCGUUUUUUACACGCGUAAAGUGAUGUGCCGGACGUUGUGAGCGAACGAAGCCGGAAGACAGUGUGCAACCUUAAAAAAUGACCGUAAACUAAAGUUUUUAAACUAUAUUUUCCCUAACAAGGACCUUUUGAUACCUGGUGCUUUGGAAAAUAGGACAACGAUUUAAUUUUCAUCUUUAUCCGAUUGAACGUAUGUAAUCAUUUCCAGCGGGCGACGGACCCGUCAAGAGCCACAAACAAUAGGCUGGUAAAUUUAAUAUUAUACAUAUAUUUCCUUUAUGAUAAACUGAAGAACAUCGUUCUACUAGCCCCUUGUGAGAUAAAGUAAAAAACGGAAAUAUAUUCACUGCAUUAUUUAAUCUAUCGCUAGCUGUUAAACAAAAACAAGAAGUGCUCGUACCGUUUACUUGCUGCCCGCCCCAAAAACUAAUCCGAAGCGACCGUGUUCAGCGUCUGCCGUCUAAGAAAUUCGUUCGGCUUGUUUGGGGAACCAUUGCAUCUAUCAAACCUCCGGCUCAACCUCAACCUCAACCUCUCAAGGGUUACAGCAUUCAAUUUAUUCGAGCCGAGAUUUUCGUUAUUA